UCGCCCACAGCCCAUGACUGCUGAACCGGAAUCUGGGAAUUCGUAAUUCGUGAACAGGCAUUUCGGGCUUCACGUCUCACUCAGAUCGGGGGCUCAACAUCCCGUUGGCCUCAAGUGUGAUUAUGUAUAUAAUGGUUUUGACGAUCCAGAUCUUCAGCAUGUCCCAGAACAGCAAUUCCAACAGCUUCGUCAUCAUCAGGACACUCCACAACAAUAACAGCAACAAAAGCCUCCUCCAAUUUCUUGAUUAUCAAUCAGUCAACACAUCACACACUCUAUCUCCACAGCCACUCACAUUUUUCACUUCCUAAACAACAAUGUCUCACUCCACCCAGAACGAAGUCCUCGACGUCGCCAUCGUUGGCGGCGGGAUCGUCGGCGCCGCUAUGGCCAUCGGCCUCCUGGCCCGCGACAUCAACGUCACCAUCUACGAGCGCAGCAACGCCUUCAGCGAGGUGGGCGCGGGCAUUGGCUUCACCCCCAACGCUGAGUCGGCCAUGAAGGUGCUCGACCCGGCCAUCCACGCCGCCUUCAAGAAGGUCGCCGUCCAGAACACCACCGACUGGUUCACCUGGUCCAACUCGGGCAACCGCGAGGAGGGCGACCUGGACGAGCCCAUCUACAAGAUGUACGUGGGCGAGCGCGGGUUUGAGGGGUGCCACCGCGCCGAGUUCCUCAACGAGAUGCUCAACCUUAUCCCCGAGAACCGGGUCAAGUUCCGUAAGAGCUUGGUUGCGGUGGAGGACCGCGGCGACGACAAGAAGCUGCUGAUGCGCUUCCAGGAUGGGACUACUGCGCAGGCGGAUCUUGUCGUCGGUUGCGAUGGAAUCCACUCCAAGGUUCGCCGCCUCGUGCUGGGCGACAACCACCCGGCCGCCCACGCCGGCUACACCCACAAGUACGCCUUCCGGGGUCUGGUGCCCAUGGAGAAGGCGCUGCCGCUGCUAGGCCACGAGCGCGCCUACAACCGUCACAUGUACAUGGGGCCCGGGGCGCACAUGCUGACCUUCCCCGUGGCCAGCGGGCUGCUGCUGAACGUGGUGGCGUUCGUGCACGACGAGGCGGAGUGGACGGAGGAGAAGCUGACGACGAUGGCGACGAAGCAGGAGGCGGUGAAGGCGUUCGAGAACUUCACCCCGUUCACGCGGGGGAUCAUCGACCUGCUGCCGGAGACGCUGCACCGCUGGGCCAUCUUCGACAUGGCGGCCAACCCGGCGCCGACUUAUGUCAAUGGGCGGGUGUGCCUGGCGGGCGACGCCGCCCACGCCUCGGCGCCGCACCACGGGGCCGGGGCGGGCAUGGGCAUCGAGGACGCGGCCGCCCUGGUGGAACUGCUGCAGGCGGUGCACUCGCAGGCGGCCCGCGCGGCCUGCCCGCACAGCCUGCCGGAGCUGCUCUCGGCGGCGCUGGCGACCUACGACCACAUUCGCCUCGAGCGCACGCAGUGGCUCAUGCAGACCUCGCGCUUCGUCGGCGAGAUGUACGAGUGGCAGCACUCGCGCGAUCCCGCUCAGAUCUGCCACGAGAUCGACUCGCGCUCCCGCCAGAUCUGGAGCUACAACAUCGACGAGAUGAUCCGCCAGACCCGCCAAGACUUCACGCGCCGCCUCUGGGCCCUGCACGCCCCCGUCUCCGACAACACCCAGAUCAAGUUCCAGACGGGCUUCCUGCAGCAGACCCCCGUAGUCGACCGCAUGCUGUGUACCACCUUGACGGUGUGACUCCACGUGUUUCAUUGUGUUUAUGACUGGGCCCGGCGUUCUUGCUCCUGUUCUUUGUCGAUAGAUUUUUUCUGGCUUCUGUUAGUAAUGAUAAUACCACGGUUUCCCAUCUGAGAUAAAAGCAUUCUC